CCCGCCCCUCCGCCGUGCGGUCGGCCGCAGAGCUCGCUCGGGCCUCGGCCGGUAGCCGCUCACUCCGCGCGCCGCGUUCCCUCUGCGCUCGCGCCGCUCCGCCUGCGCGGCCGCCGGCCCCCGUCCUUCCUCCGUGCGGGCGGCGCGAUGCGGCCGGGCGCCGGGCCCGCCGUGCUGGGGCUGCUGCUGCUGUGCGCCGCGGGGGCGGGCGCCGGGGACGCCGAGGAGCUGCACUACCCGCAGGGCGAGCACCGCGGCGACUUCGACCGCGAGGCGCUGCUGGGCGGCCAGGAAGAAGUCGAUGAAUAUGUUAAACUCACCCCCGAAGAGCAACACAGAAGACUGAAGUCAAUCAUAAAGAAAAUUGACUUGGACUCGGACGGCUUUCUCACCGAAAGUAAGGACGUCCUGCAUAACAGUGGAGCCUUGCUUCAUUUAAAGGACAAAAAACGAUUUGAGAAAGCUAACCAGGAUUCAGGUCCUGGUCUGAAUCUUGAAGAAUUUAUUGCUUUUGAGCACCCUGAAGAAGUUGAUUACAUGACGGAAUUUGUCAUUCAAGAGGCUUUAGAAGAACAUGACAAAAAUGGUGACGGCUUUGUUAGUUUGGAAGAAUUUCUUGGUGACUACAGGCGGGACCCAACAGCCAGUGAAGACCCAGAGUGGAUACUUGUUGAGAAAGACAGAUUCGUGAACGAUUACGACAGAGAUGCGGAUGGCAGGCUUGACCCCCAAGAGGUGUUAUCUUGGGUGGUACCCAAUAAUCAGGGCAUCGCACAGGAGGAGGCUCUUCAUCUAAUUGAUGAAAUGGAUCUGAAUAACGACAGGAAGCUCUCUGUAGCGGAGAUUCUGGAGAACCGCGACUUGUUCCUGAGCAGCGAGGCCACCGACUACGGCAGGCAGCUCCACGAUGAGCGCCUCUACCGCGACGAGCUUUAGGCCCCGCGGCCCGAGCGGGCGCAGGCUUCUGUGGUCUGUCACCAGCUUUACUUUUGUGAUGAAAUAUCCAUGUUAUAUUUUACACUUUUAAGUCUUACCACAGUCAAAAUGAUCUUAAUGUAGGUUACAAUUUUGGUCUUUUAGAAGAAAAACUAAAUAAAAACCUGGUAUUUAUUGCAAAACAUUGAAGAAAUAAUACGAUAUUGUGCCAUAUUACAACUAAGUAUCUCCUAAUUAUUCCAUCUGUUUAGUACUUACUGUGUUGUGGAAUAUUCUAGUUCUAUUUCCAUACUUGAAAAAAUGAAGGAUUUUAGAGAUACCUGAACAAUAUUAUUUAAGUAGUAUGUGACUGAGCUAUCAAUUUUUGUUUUGUUUUAAGUAGAUUUAAUUUGCAAACUGACAGGACAUUUUUAGAUUUAGCAUUUUGUUUUAAAACCUUUAAGGGAACCUUUAGAAACACUUAUAACUCACAUAUUAAUGUUGAGAAGUUCUGCUUAAUUUUAAAAUGGUUUCUAUAAAGGGUUUUAUUGUAUGAAAUAGAACUUUAUAUUUUUGCAUAUGUAUAGACAAUAAUUAUAUUUAAUGUGUUAACUAUGGUAUUAUGGUGUGUGGAAUCUGAUAUUGUCCAGGACUCUUCAUUUUUGCCUGACUAAAAGUGAAAUGUCCUAUCUUUUUCAUAUGUUUGUUUGUUUUUCUUUACUCUUCCAAAUAAACCUUGAAUUUAGCAUA